CACUGUUGUGUAGUAAAUCGUAGAACGAAUGCGCCAAAAACACACUAAUCGGGAAAUUGCCAAUAAAGGAAAUACAGCACGCGCGUCUGUCACAAACGGCGAAAAAGAAACGAAACGCAAAAACCACAAAAGCGAAAGUUCGGGAAUUGAAUUAUUUUUUUCGUUUUGCAUUCUCAUUGGCUGAAAAGACUAAGGUCAAAAUUCUUUCAAUUCUAUUGUUCUCUCCAAUAAACAGAAACCAUCUUGUGAAUAUCCGUUCGAUUUGGAUUAGUUAGCUGCUACUUUUUGCUUGUUGCAGGUUCUAUAGUGUGUGGUUUGCUUCAACAGUGAGCUGAAAGAACUAGCCUGUUACCCCGGGUGAUAUUGUGACAUAUUACACGAGCUAUGAUGAUCUCACGGAGUGUCAUGUGCUCUCUGAGGAGUUCAGUGAGCUCUGUUGCAAAGAAGAGGACCCAUACGCUGGUGCAAUGUAAGAGAUUCAAUAACCACAUGGUUUUCAGAGACCUGAACUACAUGAAUAAGAGCCAGAGCUUGCCAGUCUUGAGCAAGCAAUCGAAGCAUUUGGUGUCAAAGUCCACGCUGUCGAGCACUGCACUUGUCACCAAGGAGUCUCUACUGUUGCAGGCUGAUUCUACGUGGAAGAGAAUGGCGAUACGGUCGAAAUGGGCUCUUAUGAAGAACUACCGGCCGUUUAACGCGGAUGAAGUGAGCGCCAUCUUCUCGUGGGUGAUAUUGAGCCAUAUUGCUUGGAUCAUCUUAGGCACAACGACUUUUUUCUCGCUCUUGUUUCUUGGACUGAACUCACUGUUUGCGAAGGAGAUGGUUGGUAACGUGAUGGGUAAGAUAAUCAUGUCUUACUACCCAGAGUUCAGCAUUGCCUUUGAAGAUGCCGUGGUUCCUGAGUGGGAAAAGGGAAUGAUUGAUUUCAAGAAGGUAAGAUUGUCCACAGUUGAUAAAGAAGGAUUGCAAUUGGACUUAACAUUCGACUCUAUCAAGCUGACUCUAAGCUUCAAGAAAUGGAAGGAUUUGAAAGGAAUUAUUGAAGACGUUGAGAUUCAAGGUCUUUCCGGAACUAUCGAUAGAACCAAUAUCAACGAUGAUACACCUGAAGUGGAUUGGUUUGGCCAUACAGAAUACGAAUUGAACAGUUUGAAGAUAACCGACUCUUCGGUCGUGGUUAUACAAAAGGAAUCAAAACCUUUAAAGAUUGCUCUAUUUGAUCUCGAGAUGCAGAACGUCCGUGCCAAUUGGUUGUUGUUGGACAUGCUGAACGCAACAAACAUAUCAGGCACUGUGAACGAUUCACUAUUCACGUUCCAUAAACGUCAACAUCAACUGGCUUAUGUCAACGACAUUGCCGACGAUCUGAACCCGUGGAAGAGAAUCAUGCGCCAAAAGUUGGAUCCAGUUGAUAUUGAAAGCAUUGGAUUGAUAUCUGACAAAUUCAACUGGCUAACCAGUGGUAAGAUUGAGGUUAUUGCUGAUUUUAUGCCACCAGAGAUACCAGAGGGCUCUCACCAUAACAUGGAUUCCAGAUAUUUGGUUGCAGAUUUCAAGUUACAAUUUUAUGAUCUCAAGACCAAGACACCAUCAGAAGAGCCCUGUCUAUCAACAGGGGAAAAGAUCAUCUCCAUGGAUGAAUUGAAGCCAUUAUUGGCUUAUGUAAAUAGUAAAGAACAUGGUGAGACUCUACCCCCAUUAUCAUUCAGAAUUGUGAAGAAAGUUGACGAAUUGGAGAACGUUUCCACUUUGAAAGAGAGCAAACUGUUGGAUUUGAUUGCUACAGAGGUGUACAUUGAGCUUCUAAAACAUGUUCAAGAGUACGAGAUUGAGCAAAGAAACAAAAGAAUAGCAGCAUGGUCACAAGCAGUGGCUUCACAGCUGGUUGUGGUUGGUCUUGGUGCCAUUGCUUAAGACUGGAGGUUUAAAGACGUGAUACAUGAUACAUCUGUACGAUCAACAUUGCUAUUUAUUAGGCUAUUAAUUACGAAUUUUAUGAUGCAAAUUAUUACACAAUCAA